UCUUAUGUAUUCCUCCACAGCAACAAGUCCAUUUACUAUUUCAUUUCAAGUACUGGAAGCAAAGACAAAAUGGCUACAGAUGAGGUUCUUCCGAGAAUUAACCUGUCCCCAGACCCUGCUAUGUACCGGCCGAAACCUUCUUCUAAGAAAACCCAGGAUGUCUCACAUUUAUUGACAAGUCUCUUCAAAAAUAUAUAUACUGGAGAAGUCAUUGGUAAAGAUACAGGAGCUAACCUGAUCCGAUCAAAAGGCGGGGACAACCCUUACCAUCAAAAAUUUGUAGAGGAACUACAGCAGAUCCGUACAGAGUAUGACAGCAGAAUGGCAGAGUGUGACAAGGUUGAACGGCACAUCAUUCAGGCACGUGCUCGAGCUACUGCUGAAGAGGAGAGAAGGCUGAACUGUCUGAAGAAUGAAGCUGGAGACUCAUUCCAAAUUCUGGGGUUACCGCCGGUUGAAUCCUAUUUUAGAUGGUGUGUAGAUAAUGAACUCCUGAAGAAGCACAAACUCAUCUGCCCUGAAGAUUACAUCACAGAUAUGCCCGCCGUUACCACAGCUCCUAGAGGAUUAUCUGAGCCCUCUUUUUAUAAAGAGACGUUCAGUUUCCACCAACACGUCUCCAGAAGCCCAGUGGAUGAUGGCUACAGUGACCCUUUACCUACAGACACAUCUCCCAAGGGUCUUAUGGGAAACUCAUUGUCCAGCCUGACUUUGUCAUCCCAGUCUAGCACUGAAAAUCUAAGUUACAAAAAGACAAGUAAGAAGUCUAGAUCAUUUAGGAAGAGAUUACACAAGAUGGAGAUGAGCGCAGAAGAAAGAGAGGCUGAACGGACCCGUCUUGCUCAGCUAGAAAAGAGACACAAUUUCCUAAAAAAUCCCCGCUUUUUACCACCGAAUAGCCAGCAUGGAGGAAGAUCACUCAUUCUCCCAUCAAAGAAAAGAGAAGUCUUAAUAUCUGGGAAGAGCAGAGUGAUUGAGGAGCAUGAUGCAGAGGAUCCAGUUCCAGUGUUCCUAGCUAAUCCUCCUGUUGUAUUCUUUCCUGAGUAUGAAGUUGGACAGAUAUAUGAAAUGACAGUAGAGAUGAGAAAUAUGACGGCAUCAAGUCGCCAUGUCAGGGUGAUCCCUCCAUCAACUCCCUAUUUCUCUAUAGGCCUUGGAAAGUUUCCAGGAGAAGGAGGAAUUGUAGCACCUGGUAUGAGCUGCCAUUAUACAGUACGGUUCGUUCCUGAUUCUCUGGCAGAUUUUGAGGAUUUUAUACUGGUUGAAACCCAAGGUCCUUAUCCCGUCUUAGUUCCUAUUGAAGCAAGGAGACCACCACCAAUACUGACAUUGCCCCGGACUCUGGACUGUGGUCCUUGCUUGGUUGGUGGAGUGAAGCUCAUUGAAUGCCUCUGCAGAAAUGAAGGCAUGAGUCGCGGAAGAUUCUGCAUUAUGCCCAAAAGUGUUUGGCCUCCAGCAAAUUUUAGAACAGUUGCAAAUGCAGGAUUUGUGGAGAAGAUACCAUUUUGCAUCCGACCUGCCAUGUUUGAAUUAUAUCCUGGUCAAGAAACCAUUAUCGAGGUCAUCUUCUUCCCUUUAUCCCCUGAAGCCUACAGCCAGGUUUUUACAAUUGUGUGUGAUAACUGCCAAGUCAAGGAUAUCACAGUAACCGCAUAUGGAGAACUUUUAGGGUUGCAGCUGGUAUCCAGCAGUGAUGGCAAGAAUAUAGUUGAACUUGCAGAUGCUUCUACUGAACAUUUGGUGCAGUUUCAAAGUACAAACUUACAUUCUAUAGAGCAGAAGAGCUUUGUUGUCAGAAACACAACACAUGUGGAACUUCCAUUCUACUGGCAGAUAGUGAAGCCGCAUCUACAAGUUUUACAAUCAGAAGAGCAGUCAGAUAUGACCAAAAUCCAGUACAAUAUAGAUGAACAUACAGCUUUCACUGUUAGUCCAUUACAGGGCAUUCUGCAGCCUCACAAGGACCACAUCUUCAUGGUGACUUAUACUCCAACUGAGCUCACUGAAUAUCACAGUAUUGCACAGAUGGUAUUACAAGAUGUUCCAGCCCCUCCAAGCAGCACAGAAAAGCGUCCAUCCAGCUUGACUGAGCUGAAUCCUUCCAUACAAGAUGUCAUAGUCAUUGACCUGGAAUUUAAAGGGACCUCUGAGCCAUUUCAUGUGCUUUUGGAGCCAUAUGCAAUCAUCUUUUCUGGUGAAAGUUUUAUUGGCACGGCUAUGAGAAAACAGUUUAAGAUGUGGAAUAACAGCAAAUCCACAAUCCAGUUCGAGUGGGAAAACAUCUCAACACCUAACAUUAUUCAGAUUGAACCGCACUGUGGAAACAUCGAGCCCAGUAAAUUCUGUGAAUUUGAAUUGAUCUUUAAUGGAUUGAAGACUGGAUUUGCCAGUGAGAAUGUGAAUUGCCACAUACUGCAUUCCUCCGAGCCUGUGGUUUUGCAUGUGGAGGCCACAUUUAAGGGACCAAUGGUAUCUAUCAUGAUUCCAUCACUUGACCUAGGGCUUAUAAAAUUGGGCAAUAAAACACUUAGCAUAUUUACUAUUGAAAAUAUGAGUCCCUUGGCAGCAAAGUGGAAGAUUCAGGAGAGCAGAGCUUGUGUAGCCGUCAGAGGAGAGGAGGAGUCAAGAUUUUCCAUUUCUCCUGAGAGUGGUGUGUUACCACCUCUAGGUACAGUGGACGUGUCUGUCACAUUUAAUCCUUUGUACUGUCAAAGGAUGGAGACCGUGCUAGAGAUGGAAGUAGAAAAUGGUGAAGGAAGCUAUCUUCCUGUUAUGGCUGAUGUCCAGGUGCCUCAGGUUUGCCUUCUUUCCAGCUCCUUGGUGUUCAGUGAGAUCUAUGUAGGAGUUCCAGCACAGUCAACUAUAAAGAUGUUUAACCAGGGACGACUCCCAGCAAAGUUUACCUGGCAAGAGUUUACAGCUCGCCAUCCUGCUGCCUGGGCAGUCAACGUUACUCCAGUGAGGGGCCUGUUAGGACCUAAUGAAGAGUCGGAAAUCCGUGUGACACUGGAAACCUAUACAUUGGAUGAAAUACAUGAUCUGAUAUUAUGCUGUGUGAUUGAAGACAUGGAGGAACCUUUGGUUCUAAAUGUAAAAGCAAAAGCUAAAGGUCUUCAUGUCAGCUACUCCUUAUCAGCGUCACCAGAAAAAUUAAAUGAAUUACUGCCAUCAAAUGCUCAAGAAUUGCUCCUGGACUUUGGAUCAGAGGUCACCUUGCAGAGCCCAAUUAAACGGACAUUGACUUUAACAAAUCAUUCUGGAAUAUCCUCGCCAUUUUCACUAGUGGUUACUUAUUUCAGUGGUUGCCUUACAUCGUCAGCACCACGAAGCUCCAAUUCGACAUCUUCUCUGAUACAGAGGACUGCGCGGUUUGCCAAAGAAGUAACAAAAAGGGCAGAUGCUGAUUUCAGAACAUCAGUAUUAUCAGAUGGAAAGGGUGCUGCAUUUAUUCCUCAUCCAAGCACUGGUACACUGGGGCCUUUCCAGCAGAUAUCCAUAGAUGUGACUGCUUAUAAUAAUAUGUGGGGAGAGUAUUCUGAUCUGCUUGUCUGUACGGUUGGAGACCUAAAUCCUAAGGAGAUUCCCAUAAAGAUGACUGUGAAAGGAUGUCCUCUGUACUUUCAGAUGACAGGACCAAGACCUGAUCGACAAACCGAAGGACCUGUGAUAAGGUUUGGAACCCAUGUGUCUGGUGGCGACACAGUAUCUCGCUGCCUGCGUAUUAACAACCCCAGUCCUUGUGACAUUCGCAUAGACUGGGAGACUUACAACAGAGAACAGGACACUUCCAAGCUGCUGGACGUGGUGUUGCUUUUUGGAAAUCCUUUUCCUUUGAAAGAUAUAGAUGGAAAUGAAGUAGUUGAUUCCACUCUAGAUUUUCCAGAAAUUGAUGACUCACCUAUGAACUGGGAUAAAAUCCCCAGUACACCAGGAACUACAUCAUCAUCCUCUUUUAGAAGCAUAAGUAAACUAUCCGGGGUGGAACAGACUGAACACACAGAUGAAGAAUUAAGUGAUGACCUUAAUGGACUUGGAAGUGAAGAAAAAUUAAUUUCUGUCAUUCUGAGAAACCAUGAGGGGGUCGCCUCUGAUUACCCAUACUGCAUCACUCCAAGGCAGACAAUUGUUCCUGCCAGGGGAUACAGCACUAUACACGUGUCCUUCACUCCGCUAAUGUCUGAGAACACCAAUAAGAUAGAGUGCAGUGGAUAUGCCCUGGGAUUUUUGAGUCUGGAUGACAAGCCUGCAAGACAGAUACACGGAAAAGUAGAAAGGCUCCAUGGAUAUGGGGUGGAACCAAUCAAAAUGGAGCUCCAGGCAUUUGUGAAACCUGCUCUGCUUGCAGUGGAAUAUGAAGAUGAGGACGAAGAAGGGCUGGUGUUUUAUUCCGUAGCAAGUGACCUCAUUCCUGAUAGGAUAUCUUCACCGAUUUUGACUGAAUUUAUGACAACUCGAAAAUUAAAGCUGAUCAAUUGCACAGAGACUCCUCUGUAUUUCCGCCUGCUGCUCUCCAAACCCUUCAUAGUAUCUGCUACUGAUCCAAAUAAAAGCAUCAAAACUUCCCAGAGUGACCGGGACAAUCGGGCAGCGCAGAUGGUGCUACACCCACAACAAAAUACAAUGGUCGAGGUGUCAUUCUGCACAACCCUGGAACUGCUGACUUACCAGAACCUGCCGGAUGAGCAGAUACUGCCAGGAGUAACAGUCCUUCAGUCGGAGAACGGCGAGAGGAAGCUGCAUUUUACCCAACAACUACUCAUUGAGUACAGCAAUAACAGCUCUCAGCAAAUCCCCUUGUGUGCGUACCUCACCGUGCCGGUAUUACAGCUCUCCUGUUACACUGUGGAUUUCGGCACAUGCUUUGUGGGACAAACAAGGACACAGGAAGUUUUCCUGAUGAACAGAAGUGGAUCACGAAGUUACUGGACUGCUUUACUGGACAAAAUGGAAAGACACAGUGGACAAAAUAUCUUUUCCAUCUCCCCCACCAAUGGGAUGCUUGAUGCGCAUGUCAGUCACACUUCAUCUAGUAAGGAGAUGUUACUGGUGACCUUCACAGCAAGGACAAACAAAGACUAUGAGACAAUAUUCACGGUGCAUGGCAUGCUGGGAGAGAAGCCACUGAAAUUACACGUUAAAGGAAGAGGAUCCUAUGAUGAGAAAUAUGAGGCUUCUCUCAAUGAAUAGGUGAAGAGCUUUUGUGCAUUUAAGUUCAGUAUUUUUAAAAUAAAAAAUGUCAAAUAUAAUUUGUA